AUGCAGAAUGUCACGGCCUUAGGGCCCAAAAACCCCUGGACGGCCAACCUGUUGAGUGCCUUGGGCAUCAUGCACUUCAACAACGAGGAGAUCAAAGAGACCUUCGAUACCCUAGUGGGCUCUGGGCAAGUCUUGCCCAAGAUUCGCCUCUUUGAGAUGCUCAAGGCCGCCUAUGGCUUUGAACCGAUGCCCGAGGAGAUGGGUUUAUUUGUGAAUACCUUUCAUCUCGAAGACGAUGCCGGUGAAUUGACCUGGCCUGAGCUCGAAGCGGGCUUCGAUGAGAUUCGAGAGGUCUUGUCCGGCGUCUCAAAGAACGCCACGGAGUACAUCUCGGUGGACGACUAUCGGACCGACCUCAUGAAGCACCGGCGCAUGAUGAAGGAUCCCAUGGAUAAGUUCAAGGCUCCCAUGACCGAGUCGAUGAACAUCGGUUGGCACGAAGAGGAGGUCUUCAAUGAGCGUUUCCCCAAGCAGUCCUGUGCCGAAACCAGGUACGCGGACGACAUGGUCAAAGCAAAGUUGGAACCUUUCUGA